CACUGAGGCGCUGUGUCACGUUGGCCGCUUCGCUCUGUCGCUGGCCAAGUCAUCCCACCCCACCGGUUCACCACGUGCACUACUCACUCGCUCCGAGACUCCAGUUCAAUGGCUGUCGGUAUGACACUCAACCAGCUGUACGCGCCGUCGCCCUCUACUUCGAGCAACGGUGCCGCGCUCACCCCACCGCAAGGACGUAGUCCCAAGGGCCACGAAGAUAUCAAGGCGAACGGCAACACGGUGCCGCUCCCGCAGCAGAUGGACCGCAUUUACCAGAUGCCGUUCCCCAACCAGCAACCACAGUACGCGUCACAGUAUCCUACAUCCUCGUCCGCCAUGCAGUUCCAGCCCCUGGCCAAGCCUGGGCCCAGCACCUCCGAGGACUACGCGGCCGACCCGUUGCCUUUCGAGUAUAGCCGCAAGUACACGCCUACGCAUCGCGAAGACGUGACCCCGGGGCUACGAGGCCCUGUGUCCAUUAUCACCUCGAGUGCGUCGACGCACUACAACGACUCGUACCCGGUCUACGCAAGCCAACGUCUAAGUCCGUACGGCCAGCCUCAAUACCCCGAGCCUCGUAGCUACCAAGAUAUGAACACACAGGCGCCUCCGCCUCACUUUCCGCGCUCUACGGGUCCUCAAAUGUACAACCCCAUGUUGCCCCUACCUAACCACCAAUUCGCUAAGAAGGAGGUGGACACGUACCCUCAGCCUCAACCAGCUGUAUACGGAGACGUCCGUGGCCCUGUGGCGGCCACGGGAACCGCCCAGGAAGCCAUGAUCAAGGUCAAAACGCCGCUUAAACUCAAGUACUGGAGGAACGGACGACGUAAUCUCCAGUGUUUUCCGAGUUGCAAGGUGUUCGGAGACUACUCAGCUAUCAAGAUCGAAGACUUGAAGCAACACGACUUCAUGUGGGGCAAGUGUCGCGGUAGUCUAGUCACCGAAGUCACACUGAACAGCAACGUGGCAUUCGACGACCUCGUUCUACUGGGACGUGUCCACUCGCUCGAGAACAUCCCAGUUGCCUUUGAAGAAGCUGUGAUCCGAGAGUGUAUGUUGGGGCGCACUGUCGAGACGGACGAGAUGGACGCGAUGAAAGACCAGUGGAUCACUGGCGAACGUCUGCCCGACUUUGUGCAACAAGAAGGCAACAUUGCGUGUUUUGAGUUUAAGCCAAAAGUGUGGAAGUACACCGAAGACAUGGCUCAGGGCAAAUGCAAACGUCGCAAUGUCAAGUAUUACGUGCAAUUCGAAGCCUUCGUGCAGAUGGUGGCUGGUGAUCGCCGCUACUACGCGUGUAUCGGUUCGGGGAUGUCGACGUCGUUUGAGGUGGGGUCAAGUCGUGUACUUGCUCGUCAGAAGCGUAAAGCGGCAACUAGCGCUGCAGAGGCAGCCAAAAAAAGUCCACAAACUGAUAUGACGGCGUUGCAGCCGCAGCAACUCAUGCACAAUGGCAACUCGAUGAUGGCCACACACCCAAUGUCGAACCCUAUGUAUGCUCCUCCGGUGUAUCACCACGAUGGCCAACCACGAAGUUUGCCUCCGACUUUUCCGCAAGUGAUGAUGAAUCAGUUGCCUCCGCAACAAAUGCCGACGGAGUUGCAUUAUCCGAUGCAACAAGUUCCGCAACAACAGUCUCCAUCUCCAGCUUCAGUGGGUGAGAAGCGCAAGAUGAACAGCGAACGACCAGCGUUCCCGACGGAUCGUUCGAGCAAGAUGUUCAAGCCCGCGAGUGGCGUCCCGCAGUCUGUGCCAAUUUAAAUGGGACACUCACGGACCAAGGAGAGGGAUGAAGUCUAUUCUUUUAGUAAGUUGUUUUUAUGAGCGUGCCGUUAGCUGCGCGUGCUGCUGGAUAUGAAGCGUGUGCUCUGGGAGUAAGAGCAAACGCGCUGGGCAGCCGACGUUGCAGCGCACCUUACCAGCGUUCAGGCGCUGUGUAGAUACGAAUUUUUUUGUGUGAUUGCCGAAAGGCCCGCAUGUAAGGGCCUGUUUCGUUAAAUAAAAGUCUCGGUAUUUAUUGUUGA